CUUAAGGGCUACAUAAAACUUAAGUUUGAGUGGCCCUUAACACCUCUCAUAAUGGCAGCUUUGCUGCUGGUGCGGAAAAUGGGUAUCCCUGUGGCAACCGCUGGUUCCUUGCCCCUAUUUGGAUCGGUCGUAUUUGCCGACUCUGGAAAAAAUGAGAAUUCUGCGCCCGCAUCUCGCAUGGUGCGUCCAUCGGACCUGCCAAUUUAUGAAGAGCCCAAGGAAGUGCUGGACUUUGAAUUUCAUGGGAAGGAGAGAACUGCCUUAGAAGAAAAUAUUGGUGUUGUGAGGAAAGAGAUAGAGAAGAUGUUGGAAGCUACGCAUUCUGUCAGAGAGCGAGCACUUCAUGUCUAUGAGACUGGCAAAGCUCAUACAAUGGUGACUGUAGACUACAUAACAGAUGAAGAGAAUAUAUUACCUCGUGCUGGUGCUAUUACUGUGGGAGGUCUUGCUGGUCUUGUAAUUGGAGCACGCAAGAGAGGAGGUUUUUUUAAGAAAGUUCUCUAUACUUCUACUGGUGUUGUUGGUGCUGCUUCUCUCUGCUAUCCUCGCCAGGCCUACCACAUAUCUCAACAAGUGUAUGGCAAUGUUAAAGAUUAUGCUACUAUUGGCUACAACUUUAUUGCUGGAGUAAAACCACAGUCAAAAGUGUCAGCUCCAGUUGAACACAAGGAAGUAGCUACUCCAACUGCUGCUGAGGUUAUCACCACUGAACCAACAGGGAAGGAACCAGCACCAGCAGCACCUACAACAACCACACAGUCAGAAGGUGCUGAGGUAAGGAGCGUUGUACCACAAAUUAUCUCCCUCCAGAAGUUACCUGCUCCGUUUGACACGCUAGCACAACAAGCGAGUGACAUAACACUGUGGGGUUUUAGACUAAUAGACCGAACAGACACCGUUUCCCGAUCCCCAACCGACCUAGUGCUGUCUGCAGAACCAACAGUUCCACAAGGAUUUGGGAGUGUUGAAGACUCCAAUAAACUUACUGCUGAAAUGACCAUUGAACAUAAGGCAAAUAAAGUUGGUGUUCAAGUUAAGGACAUAGGCAAGGGUAAAGAUACACAUGUACCAGAAGUAGCUGAGCCUGUUCUGAGACAUAAAACUUCAGAUAUUGCUACUGUAGAUAUUGUAGGUACAAAGAGUGAUAUAGGUGUCGUGAAGACUGCAGAUUUUGCAGAAACAAAAGUUGCAGAUGUCAAUGCAGAAACUACUGUUCAAGAUCCAGUGGAUGGAGAGAGUAUAUCAGAGAAAGUUGCAUGUUUUGUGGAAGAAAAAGCUGCAGAAGUCGUGGUAAAGGCAGCACAAGAAGUAGAGAAAGAUGCAGCAGAUGUGGCUGCAGGAGCAGAAUUUAUAGAAGAAAUUGGUAGCAAGGUGGAACCUGUUCUAAAAACUGCUGAGAAUGUAAUGGAUGCUGCCAGCAAAGCAGCUCAUUAUACUCCAGGAGUGCCAGAGACAAUAACAGAGAAAGUAGCGUUAGUGAAAGAUGCAGUCAAGGAGGCAGAUACAAUUGUCAAAAAUGUCACAGGUGUAGCAGAAAGUGUAGACAAGGCUGCUGAAGAAUUUAAAAGAGAAGCAGAAAUAAUACUAAGCCAAGCUACAGAAGUAGUGGAAAGUGAGGAGAAGAGAGAAGAAAUAUACGAGAAAGUUGUUGACUUUGUGACGGGUGGUGGUGGGAAAUCAGCUGUAUCAGAUGAAGUGAAAGAAACAUCGAAGGUACCAGACACUGCUGUUAGAGAUGCAUGUACAGAAAUAUAUCAAGAACCCAGUGCUGAUAUUACAGAUCAGCUGAAGCUGUCAGACACACAUGAAAAAGAGCUGUUACAAACACAAGGAGAGCCUGGGCAAAGUCCAGAUACUGAUAGAAAAGUUAUAGGCAGUGAAGCAGACAAGUCUCUCACUAUUACAAAAGACACUGAUAUUAGUAUUGUCUCAACACCUGAUAAAAAGGGACUAUUUUAUGAGAUUAUUAAUUUCUUCUCCAAAGAAAAUAAAGUAACUCCAGUUGUUGAACAUGGAACCUCUGGUGAGGACACUUUCAAGACAUUACAUAUUGAACCUGAGACGACUACUGAUGAUGUACUUGCCUCUUCAAGAGAAACCCCAGAGAAGGCUCAAGCCAGGUUGACACCUGAUGAUACAACAGUUACUCCUACAGGUUUGUCCAGUCUUUCAAAGGAUGAAACGUUACCACAUAGCAUUGGGGAAGUGCUUGAGCCAGUCAUUGAGAGUGUUGCAAAAGAUAUUGUAGUUGAUGUUGCAGAUAAGGCAUUGAAAACGGUUUCCGAAGUUGUUAAGGAAACAGCAGAGGAUGUGGUGGGAAGUGUGUCUGAUGUGCUUGAGGUAACAGAUGUGGUUAAGGAGAUAGAUCAGAAAGUUGUACCUGUUUUGGAUGACAUAAAUAAAGCAACAGAAGAGGUUCCAAAGGUUCCAGGGGUGACUGAGUCUGUGGCAGUGACGGCUAAGUUUAUUAAUCAGAUAUCAGAAGAAACUGAGAAUGUGGUUGAGACUGUUACUUUUGUUGCAGAAGAGGUCCAUGAUGUUGCAGAAAAUAUAAAAAAUGAAGGUAUAGCAAUUGAACAUGAGGCUGCUGAAUUAGUUCAGAGUGAAGAAAAGAGAGAAGAACUAAUUCAAAACAUCAUUCAUUAUGUUGCAGACAGUAAACUUUCCUCACUGGGUAAAACACAAGACCAAGAUAAUGUAGAAGUAUCGGCUCCACCUGCAGAAACUUCAACACAGUCAGUAGUGAAGGAAGGUUCACUGGACCAGCCUGUAAAGGUUGUCUCAGAUCACGAACAUGACCAUGUACCACCCGCUGCUGGAAAACUUCAGCAAAAAACAGCAGCCGAACCUUUUAUAGAAAAAGCCGAAGAAACAAUUGAUACAGAAGAGGCAAACCAUGUGGCUCAGGAAACAGAAGAUCCAAACACAAGUACUAAAAGUGUUGCAGCAGUAGAUAAUAUACCAGAGGCACAACAAAUCUCACAUGAGGCUCCUAACAUUUUAAGGAGUCCAGGUCCAGAAGUUAUUGAGCAGCCUAAUAGCAUUCUUCCUGAAAAGAAAUCUUUCAUAGACAAAAUAGCCAAGAUGUUCAGUGAUAAAAAGGAGCCACUUUCUGUUCCUUCUGGAGGUACAGCUGAGAUUUCUAAUGUGAAUUUAUCGUCAGAUGCAUGGACAGAAGGUUCAGUGUCAGUGAAGCGAGAACUCCCAAAGACAGUCUACAUAUGUAUUAAGCUCCAGUGAAAGUAAACAAUAUACACCAAUGCCAGAUUCAACAAUUCCAACACUUGGUGAGGUUCAAGAACCUUCACAGGGUUC